GCGAAGCUGGAGAGCAAUAUCUUUCUGCAAGAAGUGUAGAGAAAUAUCCUCGAGAUAUUAAAAGAUAAUUUCAUUUUCAGAGAGCCUAGAAGAUAAAAUCAUUUAACACUGAUAGUUGGUCGCGGGUUCGCACCUCACCAUGUAGAAUUUUCUCUAUUUCUUCACGUGUCUAGCACUUAAAUAGAGGCAGAUUCCCGUAAAUCCUUCCUUUCGUUGUGUUUUCUAACGCCUUUUUAAAAUAAAAAAGAAAUGGCAAGAUUAUUUGGAAGCAAGAAUUUCUCGUUACAGAAGAUUAAAAUCGCUUGAAAUCUUCAGGAAUGUCGUCAUUGCAGACAUCAUCGUAACUUAAAACCAUGUAUUUUCCAUUCAUCGAAAUGAAUAAUUCUUGGACGCUUCCCGAAGAACAGAUUUUCCUGAUGAAUCUAACAUUCCUUACGGACACAUAUUUGUGGCCUCUGAAUAAUACUCAUAAUCUAACCUAUUACAUCAAUGAGACACACGAUUCGAAUUCUUCUGUUGAAAAUUAUUUUACAGAUACUAAUUUAAUGUUUAUGGCUUUCACAUCUGUAGCGUUAGGUGUGGUUAUUUCGGCUACUGUAGUUGGUAACGUGUUUGUCAUAGCAGCUAUAUUUUUGGAAAGAAAUCUGCAAACGGUUGGCAACGGUUUAGUAUUAUCUUUAGCAGUUGCCGAUUUAAUGGUUGCUUGUUUAGUCAUGCCUUUGGGUGCUGUAUAUGAAGUUCGUCAAGAAUGGACACUUGGACCCGAAUUAUGUGAUGUAUGGACGUCUUGUGAUGUAUUGUGCUGUACGGCUUCCAUCCUUCAUUUAUUGGCUAUAGCUGUAGACAGAUACUGGGCUGUAACGCAUGUCGAUUAUGUAAGACAAAGAAACAUUCGUCAUAUCAGUGUCAUGAUUAUAAUCGUAUGGGGGGUGGCUUUUGUCGUUUCUGUUGCCCCAGUUUUCGGGUGGAAAGAUCCAGAUUUUCAUCAGAGAGUCGAAAUCGAAAAGCGUUGUUUGGUUAGUCAAGAUGCAGCUUACCAAAUCUUCGCCACCUGUUCGACAUUUUAUGUACCACUAGUUGCUAUUUUUGUUCUUUACGGAAGAAUAUAUCGAGUUGCCAGAAAGCGGAUACGUAAUAAACCCGGAAGCAGAAGUGUACCGGUAUUAGGAAAGGCUUCCAAAACCUCCGUAUCACCAGUAAUGACAGAAUUAACAGUUGUAACAACAACAACAUCGUCAUCUCAUCACAGUUCCGAUUUUAACUGUGCCACUAAUGGAAUGACUGAUCAUCAAGACAUUACGGCACCUAUUCUACCUAAAAAAAAGAGGAAGAAGAGAAAAGAGUGCUUGGAGUUAAAACGAGAAAAGAAAGCAGCAAAGACAUUGGCUAUUAUUACAGGAGUGUUUGUUGUAUGCUGGUUGCCGUUUUUCGUGACAGCUCUCCUUAUGCCUCUGUGCCAGUUAUGUCAGCCAGAAGAUUACGUCUUCAGCAUAUUCCUCUGGCUAGGAUAUGCCAAUUCCAUGAUAAAUCCAAUUAUCUAUACCAUCUUCAGUCCAGAUUUCCGUAAUGCAUUUACUCGUAUCUUAUGCGGAGAAAAGAGAUCGACGUAUAGAAGAUGAGAUCGAAAAGUUUUGUGAAAAAGUGAUACCGGCACAGAUCAAUCUUGGAAGUACUUUAAGUCGAAUGUUGAGACAGGUGAGUGACCAGUUGUCAGGAGCUGAAUCAUCGAGGCGUUUGUUGAGCAAGAGAAUCGUUUGCCUUGCACUGGUAAUCGAUAAAUAGUACCUUAGGAAGAGACUGUUGCAGGCGACUGUCUGUCUAUAAGGGGCUAAGAAGUUAUACAGUCAGGUUAAGUGACUAUCCAUUUACUCUGAAAUUGAAAGCAAAAUGUAUUUGAAGUAGAUCUUUAUAAAAUUAUUUAUUAAUUAAAAUUUGUCGUCAAUAGAUAAAAAACGAAUAUAAACUAUAGAGAUCUUGUUAUAAAGUCGGAAUAAACAUAUGUUAAAUUUGUUGUAAGCAUUUAAAACUGUAAUAUUCCAGGCUUUAUAAUGUGA